AGCAAUUCAUUUUUUCUCUUUCAGAUUGAUGGGGGGCUCAUUUUUCUGUGUGUUCAACGGGGCUCGCCUCUUUCUCUCUCUCCAUAUCCUCAUGAUUUGCUUCAUGCACAAAGGUUAUACUUAUGGAGUAGAAGGGAAGAUUGCAAGCCACACUGUAUCAGUUAGCUCUCUAUUGCCUUCUCCUUCUUGCUCGCCUUCCACUAGCAAAGCUAGCAGCCGAAAGUCGACCUUGGAAGUAAUUCACAAGCAUGGCCCAUGCUCUCCCCUUGUUCAAGACCACAAUCCUCUAAAUCACACUGAAGUCCUGCUACAAGAUGAAUCAAGGGUCAAGUGGAUUCAGUCCCAAUCCUCCAACCGCGGCGAUGGCCUUAAAGCUUCGGCCAUGGUCAGUCUUCCGGCAAAGUCUGGCUUCACCAUCGGCACUGGCAAUUACGUAGUGACAAUCGGUCUCGGCAUGCCAAAAAAGGACCUCACUCUCGUAUUUGACACUGGCAGCGGCCUCACGUGGACCCAGUGCGAGCCGUGCGUUGGAUCUUGCUACACUCAGUCCGAACCGAUCUUCAACCCAUCUCAAUCGUCAUCCUAUGCUAAUAUCUCGUGCGCCUCGACAUCAUGCUCUCAACUUGGUGGUUCGGGAUGCUCCCGAUCAACAUGUCUAUAUUCCAUUACAUACGGCGAUCAAUCAUUUUCGAUGGGCUUCUUCGCAACUGAGAAGUUGACUAUAACGCCAACGGAGGUGAUCGACAAUUUCGAAUUUGGCUGUGGCCAGGACAACUCAGGCCUCUUUGGCAGAGCAGCAGGGUUGAUCGGACUCUCUGACAACAGCAUCUCCUUCGUGGAACAAACUGCAGCCAAAUAUGGCAAGUAUUUCUCCUACUGCUUGCCCUCUACCACUAGCUACACCGGACACUUGACUUUCGGCAAGGACGGCGGAGCACCGAGCUCGGUUAGCUUCACGCCGUUAUCAAAGGUUCCACAAAGCACGCAAUUCUACGGAAUAAGUAUCCUAGGAAUCACUCUAGGGGGGAAUCGUCUAUCGAUACCUUCGAUGGCUUUCUCAAGUGGAGGUGCCAUCAUCGACUCGGGAACCGUUAUUACCCGAUUGCCUCCAACAGCUUACAGUGCCUUGAGAACUGCCUUCAGGAAUGCGAUGGCAAAUUACACGAUGGCGCCGGCGCUUUCCAUUCUUGAUACUUGCUAUGACUUCAGCAAAGAGAGCACAAUCAAGGUCCCAUUGAUAACAUUCUCUUUUGCUGGGGGAGUCGAUGCCGAUUUGGGCCCAAAAGGGAUAUUUUUCGUCGCGAGUGCCUCGCAAGUUUGCCUAGCCUUUGCACCGAAUCGUGCUGAUAGCAAUCUGGGCAUUUACGGUAAUACGCAGCAGAAAACGUUUGAAGUUGUGUACGAUGUUGCUGGAAGAAAGUUAGGUUUUGGUUCGAAUGGCUGUUCCUAAGAUGGACGGAAUUAAACGAAAGUUAUUUAUAGAUAUCCUCGAUGACAAUAAGCGGUAUACAAAUUGAAUAUGUCGUCAUGAGUUAAACUUUCUGAAUUUUAACUAUUGCAAAUCGAGAAUAAUGGAAGUGCUAUUACUAUGCCCUUCUUUCGUUUUGUUCAACAUCGAUUUGUGUGAGUUUUCCAAACGAGGGACAUUAUUAAUAUGCAUAUUUAAAUAAACAUAAA